CUCGCAUUUCUUCUUCGACUAUUAUCUUAUAGACAUGUCUGACUCUGAUGAAGCAUUCUCUGAUGAGCUUCUCGAGCUCGCAGGAGCAACGGACAAGAAGCGCAAAAGACGUCAGAACGGCGCGAAGGGUUCAAAGCGGCGAAAGGCAGAAGCAGCAGAACAGACUGAAUCUGAAGGAGAUGGACCCGAGAGUGAGGAGGAAGAGAAUGAUCUGAAUCCCUACCCCCUGGAAAACAAGUACACGGACGAGUAUGACAGGGAACAAUUGCUACAGAUGCCGGAGAUGGAGCGUGAAGAGGUUCUAGCGCAGCGGCAAGAAGAGCUACAGAGAAUACAGGACAAACGGAAUCUGGACCAAAUGUUCAAGGCUAUGAAGGAAGGUGGAGUGGACGACGAUAGCGUGUCAAAGGCUGCGAAACGUGCGCAUGCUGUUCGUGGUGCGACAAAGGAAAAGAGUCGGAAGCUCGACGAGUUGAAGGCCCGGAGAAAGGCGAAGGAUGUGAAGAAGAAGUCUCGUUCAUCCCCAGAAAAACGCGAUCGUUCAUCUUCCCCCAUGGACAUGGAAACCUCUGACGAAGACGACGAAGACGGGCAAAUCACGAGAGAAGAACAGGAAGAAGAGCGAGAACGACGGAUUCUUGGGAAGCACAACCCUGAGGAGGAAAAGAUCACAGUACUGGACUUGGAGAAGAUUCGACUUACGCGGGAUGCUUUGGCGAAACACUGCCUAUCACCAUGGUUUGAGGACUAUGUGAAAGGCGCUUGGGUCCGAUAUCUCAUCGGUCAAGAAGGCAACCAACCUGUCUACCGCAUCUGCGAGAUAUCGAAUCUGGCUGUUGAUUUGGCAAAGCCGUACAAGAUCAACGACCAGCUCAUUGAUCAGAAUCUCGAACUGAAGCAUGGUACGGCAGUGAAGGCGUUCCCCAUGGACAAGGUCUCAAACGCAGUAUUCACCGCGCGCGAGUUUGAACGACUUCUUAAAACAUGCGAAGGCGAAAACGUCAAACUUCCCCUCAAGCGCCAGGUUGAGAAGAAGGCCAUGCAGAUCCAGAAACUAACGUCGCAACCCCUAACAGAAAGCGACGUAUCCGCCGUACUCCUGCGCAAAAGCCAGAUUCAAGAGCGCGCGAACCCCUCCUCAAAGACAAACGCUGCCCGCCUACUAGAGAAAACACGAAUCAUACAGAUGCGCAACCUCGCCAUGAAGCGCAAUGACCGCGCAGAAGUUGCCGUUCUCGACAAGCAGCUCGAGGAGAUUCUCGCUACCAUAGCUGCUGAUCCCAAUUUCAAAGAGCGGGAACCAGAAGUGGCGGAUAUCAUGGCGAAAGUGAACGAGCGAAAUCGGAAGGCAAACCAAGAGGCGAUGCGUCUGGCCGCUCAAGCUGAUGCAGAGCGAAGACGAAAGGAACGGCAGGCUGCUUUGACUGGGGCAGGGAAUGUGCCCAUCGACCCUAGUGCGCGACUGAAGACGGUUCCGAGAAUGUUCGCUUCGAGGCAAGGGACACCAGGCAAUGCUACUCCACUUCCCACUACCCCAGGCUCUGCCUCCCCUCUUCCGGGCGCAGCGUCACCUGCAAGUCCGUCGACCAAGCCCGUAGCCAAGGACGACUUUACGUCGAAGGUUCUCGAGAGUAUAGAGGUUGAUCUAGGCGAUUUUUGAAUGCUAUUACAUGGUCUCGUUCGUCUCAUCCCUUCGUUCGUCAUCCGUCUCUGUAUAUCAAUGUUUCGUCACGCUAUUCUCGCUUUCUCCAUGGAAUCACCUCAUCACUUCUCUGGAAUCUUGGAGUGUACAGAGCCCCAUCCUUGUGCUGUAUUUAUCUGUCCAACCGUAUUCACGUCAUCCUCACAGGCAGCACUCGCUCUUUCCUGUCGCCCGACCGUGUUAGGCGCAUCUCCCUGCUGUGUUGGGUUUGGCUGACCUGACACCGCAGUCUCGAUUCUGGUUGGCUCAUAGUAUUUCCCAGGCACGAAAAUAUAACGACAUUGGUGUUUUGUACUUUGCUACCAUAGCGGGACAUCAAUGGCUAUUUGGCCUUGUUCUUGCCUCGUGCAAUUAAUGUCGC